CGUUCCCCCCGCAGGCUUCGUUCGUUCGUCGCCCCCCGCACGCACCCCCCCAACCCACGUCUCCACGUCCCGCACCCAGUUCCGUCUUGGUUAGUCUCCUCGCCGACCCUCGCCGCCGCCACGCAGCCCUCGACGCCGGCACUCGCCCGAACCGCCCCGCAGCUCGCGCCGCCGCGGGUCGCCCGCGCCGUCCCCGGCCGCCGAUCCGUGCCUCUCCGGCGGUCCGGCCUCCAAGAUCCGCGCGCCUCCGGCCUCCCCUUCGCUCGAGCUCCGGUCUCCCCCGCCUCCUCCCACGGCUUCGAGAUCCAGGUCUCCAAGAUGGGGAAGCGAAACUGGUGGGUCGUGAGCGCCAGGGUGCGCGUCGACGCGCCGCUGGAGGUCUUCUGGGCCAUGCUCACCAACUACGAGGGCCUCGCGAACUUCAUCCCCGGUCUCUUCGAGUGCCGCCUCCUCGACCAAGCCCACGGCUUCGCGCGCCUCUACCAGGUCGGGGAGCAGGAUCCCAUGGAGUCGCUUGGGUUCAAGUUGAACGCCAGGAGCACCAUCAACUGCCACGAGGGGGACAUGGAGUCGCUUGUAGUUGAUACUGACGACAAACAAUCCCAUGCUUUCAUUGCUUGCAGAGGAUGUCAAGCCCUUGCAUUCACAGAUAGACAUGAAUGGAUUCAUAUUCUGCGGUCCAAAUUGUGAUAUGCUUGCAGCUUAUAUCACUAAAACGAACCAACUAUCGGGUAAUUUCUUCUGCUUCCAUGGAUAACUAGGGUGGCACAAUAUCUCAACUAAUGAUGAUGGGGAAUAUUUUGUUGAUCAGCAUAUCUGUACAUCAAUCAGAUGAUCAUGCCAACGCGAGUGCAGUGUUGGCACAUUGGGUUUGCAUUCGGACAAGAAGAAAUAAAUUAUAUAGAUUGUAUAGGCAAUGCUGUAUAGGUUAUUUUUUGUUUGGUAUAAAACAGAAAAAAAGAGCUGUUGUAUAGGAAUGGUUAGAUUGGGUUACAUGCAAAAUGGAUAUAUUGUUUCUGGAUGUUAGCAUGCGGUUUCUGUAUGAUCUUUGUGGGAUUGGAUUAGUCAGAGCAAACCUAGGUCUGAUGAACAGGUGUAGCAGUACCACAUUUUCCUCCUGCUUAUAAGAAAACUGACUUACCUUUUCUGCUGCAGAGCUACUCAUUCAAUGUUACAACAGGUCUGAUGAACUGUUUGUUCUUUGCAAAAUUGUUUCCUGGAUCUCGAGCAUGUCUGUUGUUUGGGAAUUGGAACACAUCAUCGUGGUGACAUUUGGUCAGUCAAUAUGCUUCUAUAGGUCAAUGUGCCUGAUGUUGGGUCACAUAUUCUCCAAUUAACCGUUGUGUUUUCAUUGCAUAUUUAUCCUUCUUCUAGACAUGAUUUCAACAUCAUGGCUCAACCAGUGGCAGUCACUGAACUGUGCUGACAACACUGGAGCCAGUGAAGGGAAUCAAAGGGUGCCUUAACAGGUUUCCUUUUGCCUGUGUUGGUGACAUGGUUAUAGGCUUAUGGCAACUGUGAAGAAGGGAAACCCUGACCUAAGGAAGGUGAUGCCAGCUGUCAUUAUGAGGCAGCGCAAGCCAUGGCGCGGAAAGGAUGGUGUUUACAUGUACUUUGAAGUUGCCAGUAUGCAUUCUGUUGAGAAAGAGGUGUACCUCAGCCCAAUGACAUCCUUGAACGAGCCAACCAGGUUCAUGUGGGUAGUGUUCCUUGAUAUCAAAAUGGCCCACACCUUUAAUAAAUGGGAUGUCAAUGCAAGGGUGUUAUGAAAUGGUAAUUUACGAGAGAAUAAUGAAGACGUACGUGCACGUUGUCUUGGUGGAUGAGCAGUGCGGUCAUUUUUUUUAAAAAAAGUGUGUGAUAUCGUAUCUCAAAUAUAUUAACUGAAGGUAGCGUGAUUGCAGUCAUCUAAUUGUCUGAUGGCCGGCUAAUAUGUGUCCGCAGGGUACCAAAAUUCCAAAAUAGAAGCAGUUGCAUGCGGUGACCACUCCAUUGCUCGUUAAAAGAGAAACAUAUGACUUCUUUAGAGUGGGCUUUUCGUCAACUUUUGGUGAUCCCUUGGCCCAUAUUUUCUGUAUAUUGUUUAGAUUACUUUGUCUUUCUCAGGCAGUGAGAGAAUACAUUGAUGUGUUGACGUCAAAAGCUAAUAUAAAAUAUUAUCCUAGCCGCAUCAUUGACAAGAAUAUAAAAUAGAUAGGAGUAUUUAAUUUGUGCAAACGUAAAUAUGAUGAUGUAUUUACGAGUUUGAUGGAUCUUAAUAUAUUUGGGAUGGCAAUGUUUACUCAAUGAUUAUUAUUUUUAUUUGGUAGACUUGCAUGUUGUAUACUUGAUCUUUUACCUCCUGUAGCAACGCACGGGGAUUCACCUAGUUAUUAUUAUUACGGCAGCAAAGGUUAUACGGAGGAUCUCUGCUGAUCCUCCCCUUCCAAAAGAGGGAAAAUUACCCCGCGUCCGACGCAGUCUCGACCUCUGGCGCCUCCUCCCGUCCCUGAAUUUUUUUUUGUUUUUGGCAAUGCUCGCCUCUACUUAUAGACCCGGCCUCCCUCCUGCCGUGGCAUUGCCACCCUUGUCCUUGCUCUCCAUCGGAGAAGAGAGGUAGGCAGGUAGCUCGAAGCAGAGGAUCGAGCGGCGAAGAAGAGAGGUAGUUCAAGCAGGGCAGCGGCCGCUGGCAAUGACGAUGGUGAAACCGGGCAAGAAGACGAGCAAGGGCCGGCAGAAAAUCGAGAUCCGCUACAUCGACGACAAGGCGAAACGCCAUGUCGCGCUGUGCAAGCGCAAGGGCGGGAUCUUGAAGAAGUGCUCCGAGCUCCACCUCCUCUGCGGCGCUCACGACGCCGUCAUCAUCUUCUCCAAGAAAGAGGAGCAGGCCCAGCCCCAGGGCGACGGGGAACCGCCCGCUCCGACGGCGGGCGGCAGGAGCUCCCGCGCCGGCAACGUGUUCGCCAUGGGCACACCCUCCGUCGACCACGUCGUCCGCUGCUUCGCCCCGCUCCCCGGCGACGAGAUGGGCGUCCUCCUCCCCGCGGGCGCCGACCGCGCCGCGGUGGAGGCGGCGGCGCGGGAGCUGGAGGAGGCAAAGGCGCUCGUGAAGGCGGGGAAGGAUCGGAUGAGCGCCGUCGUGGAGAAGGUGCAGCAGGCCGCCGGAAGGCGGUUCUGGUGGGAGGCCGACGUCGAGGCGCUCGGGGAGGCGGAGCUGCCGGAUUUCGCCAGGGCGCUGCAGCGGGUCAGGGAGAACGUGCAACGCGUAGCAGACAAGCAGCGGGCCUCUGCUCCGCCGGCGGUGGCGGCGGCGCCGUGGCAUCCGUAGGACCGGAGUAGGGCAGUCGCAUUAAUUGCGGGGUAAUUCGAUUCAAUUACGGAGCCUGUUUGCUAGCUUAAAAUGUUUUAUUUACGUACUGAGUGUAGAUUAGUACUAGUAUACUCAGGUUGUCUACCUUAUGGGUCAGUAUUACUGCUAUUACGUACUGCUAGGGUGGGUGAUUACGUACAUUACAUACAUAUAUACUGACAUACAUAUCCCCGGGAUUGUGAUGUAAGAAUAAUUUUUUUCCCGAAAGAUUUGGAUGCAA